AUGUCAGUGUCAGUUGUUCUUAAAAUGUUGCUAAAAAACCUUGGAGAAGGUCCUCAUUGGAUGGAGUCAUCAGGACGACUUCUCUUUGUGGACAUUGAGAGCGGUGAUAUUCACAGUCUGACGCCAUCCAAGAAUGAGCAUCACAUCACCCAUGUCGCUGGUUCAGCAAGUUUUGCUAUUCCAACAUGUAUUGGUGGGGUUGUGAUUGGUAAUGACCAGAAAAUAGCUCGUGUGGAAUGUGACAGUGGAGAAAUAGCCACCCUUGCAGAGCUGGAAAACAAAACUGUCAAAUUUAAUGAUGGUAAAUGUGAUGCCAGUGGCAGACUGUGGACAGGAACAUAUGGCAUACCAAGUACCACUGGAGGACCUUAUCGCUCCAAAUCUGGAGCCUUGUACUCUCUCGACAAAACCCAGGGGCUUCGUCAACAUCUCAGUAACAUUGACCUCUCUAAUGGCAUAGGGUGGACCAAGGACAACACCACAAUGUUCUACAUUGACUCACUUCCCAGGAAGAUAUACUCAUUUGACUUUAAUCUGCCCGGAGGAAAAAUUGGAAAUCAGCAAGUUGUUGCAGAUUUUGCAACCUUAGCACCUGACCUGGGUUUACCUGAUGGAAUGACCAUUGAUGCUGAAGACAAAUUGUGGGUGGCGUGUUUUAAGGCUUCAAAGGUGGUCAGGAUCGACCCGGCCACAGGUCAAAUCAUACAAGAGGUGAAGUUUCCUGCAAAACACAUAACGUCUUGCUGCUUCGGUGGUCCAGACUUUGCCGACCUCUAUGUUACCUCAGCCAGAUAUCACCUUUCUGAUGAAGAGGUCGGGGUCAACCAACCUGAAGCUGGCUCAUUAUUCAAAGUCACAGGGUUAGGGGUCAAAGGUCUCCCAGCUAAUCAUUUUGAGAUCUAAUCAAUUCAAUUGUAUAUGAAGAAAUGUCAAGAGUGUUGGUGGAUAUGUAAAAGUUUUCACACAUCUUACAGGCCAGUUGUGCUACCUAUGAAAAGCCGGAUAUCAUUAUUCAAGGUCAAAAGUAUCCUAGCCAAAUAUACUUAGCUUUCAUAUUCAAGAAGUACAGGCAUAACUAAAGUCAUACCCUGAGCAUCAGCUGUCAAUGUUAAACCAUGAAACCAAUGUUGACUGAAGAUGAACCUUAAGGGUGGUAUCAUAUAAAGUAUGGAGUAAGUUUUGCUUACACUUGCACAACAACUUCACGGGGCUGUUCCAUCAUUGAUGCCCUACAUGCAUAGUAAUUACCAUAAAAUACAAAAUUCAUGACUUGGCUUUUUGUGUAUUGAAAUCAAUUUUAAGUAAAUUGUUAAUGGUAUCUCAAAGAGUACUGCAUGUAUUGUGCUCGGAUUUUGUGUACAUGUAAAGCACGAGGGGAAUAUUUUUCACAGUAUAUGCGCUACAUAUAUGUAAAUUAUUGUAAAUUACCAAAUUAAUGACUGUUGCGCCACUUGUGUAUUAGAAUCCAUGUUAAGGUAAAUGUUUAAGUACUUUACGAAUUGAGCUGAAGUUUUGCUUUCAUGCGUAGUAGACAGACAAGCUCUUUGGUAACCUUGCUGCCAAACCUGAGUUAACAAUUACUAGCUUGUACUCAAUACAAAUAAUGCUGAUGUAUAAAGGGUACAUUUGCAUAUAUAGGUUAGACUUAGUUGAAUCAACCGAUACUACUUCUUUUUUAGACACUUCCUAGUCAUAUUAUUAUAUUUUAUAAUAUGAAGACUUAUUUGCCAUUUGUAGAAUCCAUUUUACUCACUUGUGGCCAGUAAAGUGUUUAUGAAACAUCAGUAUUGUUUAUUCAUCUUAUAUCAGUGAUUCUAAAUCAACUUUUUCUUUAUUUUCGAUUUUUAGAUAUGAUUUUUAAACCACUGUGUUCCCCAAACAGAAUGUGUUCAUAUAUUUAAGCAUUUGUAAUGCUCAGGAUUUUUAAUGGAUAUAUUUUUGCCCUUUGUUUUGUAAAGGAGUUUUGUGAUGAUAACCAUUCCCUACCUGUAUGUUUCUUCCAGUAUAUAAAGAAAGUCUAUUUGUAUACAUUUUUUAUGAUUAUCUGAAUAGAAGGUUUCCUAUUAAAUUGUUUGAUAUCCUGAUAUACAGUUUUAGUGACCAAUAACUCAAUUAACAACUAUUAAAUGCCAGUGCCUCUGUUUUUUGAAGACAAGAAUUAAAGCCUGCCAGGGCCGUACAUAUUUUACACCUGCAUUUAAGAGUGCAAAUAUGAAUUUUUCUGCAUAAAAUUUGUUUAGUUUCUGUUAAUACAUAUAUUGUACUGGGAUGUUAUCAACUUUGUAGCAACAGUUGUAGUUUCUUACAAAAUGUUUGUAUAUUUUUUUGCUGUUUUCUUUAUCAAUAUAGCAGCAUUUCUGGAUUUUAGGAAAUUCGUCGUAUAUGAAACAAAAUAGAUAAAUACUCGUAUACAUAUGUGAGAUUAUAUAUAUUUAUAUAUAUAUCAGUUUUAUAUCAUGAAACUAGGUGCCUUGUACAGAAAUUUGAGUAACAUUUUUAGACAAUAUUCAUUUAAACCGGACCAGAAUUUGCGACUCAAUCUGCUGUGAUUUUAUCAUAUACAUCAUGUGUAAUAUUUAGG